AUGAAAUCUGCCAUCAUCUCGAUCCUCAGCUGUGCGCUUCUCGCUAGUCAAGUCUACGCCCACUCCAUGAUGACCAUCCCUCGUGGACGAGGAAACGUCGAAUGGUGGGGGACAUGUGCCUCAGGGUUCGGAUGCCAUGGCCCUUGCGACUCAAAACGUUCCCUGUCCCCAAUCCUAAACGACCCAACCUACCCCGUCCAAACAAUCCGCCGCGGCGACGCCCUAACCAUCAGCUGGCAACGGUUCAACCACCCAGGAGGGUUUGUCCGUCUCGCCAUGGUCCCCUUUGAAGAAUCCGACGACUGGGCAGCCUUCAACGCCGCCAACGCCGCAAAAUUCUCCUGCUACGAAUCCAACUGUGGGCCUGACGAUCCUAAUGAUUCUUACUUUGGUCACAUGAAUGGACCGGGAGAUGGGCUUUGCUCGACUACUUUUACGGUCCCCCAGGACUUGCCCGAUGGAAAGGCGACAUUGCAGUGGAUCUGGUAUGGCGGUGGGGUGUACUAUGGACAGCCAGAGGCCGGGUUCGGAGAGUAUUAUACCUGUACGGAUUACGUGGUCCAGGGCGGGAAUGAUCUAGUCCCUAGGGGAUCGUUGGGUGAUCAACGUGUCUGGCAAGGAGGGGAUGCCUCGAACCCUGGGACGGACGUCUGCAAGUACUGGAGCUCCAACCGGAUCGGCGAUUGUUCCUUUGGGGAUCAACGGCCUCCCAACCCCAGAGACGACGAUCUAUUGAGUCAGAGUUUGGAGCCUUGUUCGAGGACGGGAGAGUUUAUUGGAAGGGCUGCAGAGUUUGAGGCUGGUGGAGGAUCGAGACAUUUGAAGAAGCGGUUUGGUCGUGGUGUUCGUUCAGAUGUCUAUGUCAACGCCCAUACCACCAAUGCUACCCACUGA